GUCUUGAUAGAAAUCUUGCCUUCAGAUUUCUUGCAAAUCCAGUCCAUUCAUACUCGGCCCCUGUGCAACCAUAUGCGGCCUAUCAGGCUGCUACUGCUGCUGGUUCCAAGUGUACUUGCCAGUGCGAUUCAUAGCGAGGUCUCCCACGAUGGCCAAGUGAGCCAAAGCAAGGAGGGUCCUCAGAGCCCGGGCUCCAGCAGCCUCCUAGCCUCGGAACAGAAGGAGGGCCAAUAUCCGUCCUUCGGCAGCAGCAGCGGCUUUGGCAGCAGUGGAUUUGGCGGCAGCGGCGGCGGUUUUGGAGGAAUGAACAGCAUGGGCGGAGGGAUGGGAGGUAUGGGCGGAGGCAUGGGUGGUGGCUCCUUUGGUGGGGGCUACAACUCCUUCGGAUCACAGCAGGGCUAUGGCCAGCCCAUGGUGAGAUCUGGCGCGCCCAUGAUGGGACACUCCGGGCAACCAGGCUAUGCUCCGACAGAGACGGAGAUGCAUAUGCCACUCAGUGCCAACGUGGAGCUGCAGUCCGACGAUGGCGUGCUUUUCUCUUCUAAAAAGAAGAAGCCUGAGGAUUACAAUUACGAUGACAAUUCUGUCCUUGGCAUGGCAAAUUACAUCUACAAGGGCAGCGCCGCCCCCGCCGCCUUUAGCUGGCUUCUUGGAGCUCUGGUCUUAGCCAGGGGUCUCGCUGCUUGA